AUGCCCAUCCCACCUUCGACCUCAGAAUCGGACCCGGUCGAAUUUGUCAGGAGACCGCAGCUUGGGAGCAAGUGCAAGUACUUGAUCCUGUUUAUCAUAAGUUGGAACACCUUGGUGGUCACCUUCCUGAGUACUUCUUUGCUCGUCGCCACACCCGAGAUCUCGACCGAGUUCGACACAACCUCUGAGACCUUAAACAUUACGAACGCCGGCGUCCUGGUCUCUAUGGGGUGCUCCUCCCUGAUAUGGCUACCGCUAGCUAAGCUGUUCAAUCGGAAAAAAAGUUACGAUGUUGCGACUCUAUUCAUGUUCGCGACAUCUAUUGGGACAGCCCUGGCACCGGAUCUGAGGACCUUCACUGCGAUGAGAAUUCUAUCGGGCCUGACAGGGACAUUCUUCAUGGUCGCAGGCCAGAGUAUAAUUGCAGACAUUUUUGAACCAAUCUUCCGUGGCCGUGCUGUUGGCUGUAUGCAAGUCGGAAGCGUCGCGGGCACUGCGCUAGGUCCAUGUAUAAGCGGUGUGAUAGUGAUAUUUAGUCACUGGCGAGACAUCUAUUGGCUACAGGUAGCCAUGGCGGGCUUUGGCUCGGCCCUCGCUGUCCUCACCAUUCCUAGCAUCGAAAGCGAGGUGAAGCAGGUCUAUGAAGAUGAGAAAGCUCGGAUCACAGUCCCAUACGUUCUGCAAGCAUUCAACCCGAUCGGAGUUUUUAAGCUAUAUCGUCUUCCUCAGGUCCUGCUCUCAGACCUGACAUGCGGGUUCCUGGCCGUGACUCAAUACGGGGUUCUGACCUCUGUCAGGAAUGUCAUCAACCCGCGCUUUGGCUUUAGCUCCCCCUUAGUCAGCGGACUCUUUUAUAUAUCUCCUGGAGUGGGUUUUGUUCUGGGAAGCCUGAUUGGAGGGCGUCUCUCCGACCAAACUGUGAAGCGCUAUAUCACCGCCCGGGGCGGAAUCCGCCUGCCAAAAGAUAGACUGAACAGCGGGUUACCAUACCUCUUCAUCGUCUUGCCAGUUUCUAUGGUCCUCUAUGGAUGGUGUCUACAGAAGGGCUUCGGUGGUCUGGCUUUGCCAGUCGUCCUAGCGUGCUUGAUUGGCGCCGGACUUAUGGGGGCUUGGAACGGCUUGAAUACCUACGCUGCGGAGGUGAUUCCUACCCAACGAUCCGAAGUAGUGUGCAGUAAGUACGCUCUCCAGUAUGUGUUUGGGGCAACUGCAACCGCUGCUGUGAUGCCCUUGAUCAAUGCCAUCGGGAUCGGCUGGUCAUUUACCAUAUGUGAGUUCCGGUGCCGACUGAGUUAA